AUGCCUCCCGCCCUCUUCCGGGAUAACAACCAGGGCUCGUCCGCUCAAAAAUACACCCCCGUCGAGGAGGGUCGCUACUCCGACGAUGACGACUCGCUUCCCCUCUCCGACCCUUCCGACGGCGAGGACAGCGACGUGAAGUUGCGUCGCCUCGAUCGCUCCACCCGCUCCUCCCGUCCCGGCAAAGAUGCGACUGCCUACGCCGCGCGCAAUUCCACAGACGUCGAGGCAUAUCUAGAUACCAUCACCGAGGCGGAGCAGGAAUUGCUCUCCGCCAGCCGACAGUACGAGCUCAGCGAUGGCGAAGACACGGACGGGUACGGCCAUCCGGUGAAGAAGGCGCGGUUUCUGCAUGGUCGGCGACAAAGUCGACAGCAGGGCUGGCGCGCGGUCUACUACUCCAAGUUUUGGUGGCGGACGCUGGUCGGCGUCAUCAUUGCUCUGGCGUUGCUGGUGUGGGGUUUCCUGAGCUUUGCUUGGUCAAAGGGAGACAAGGACAGGCCGGAUUAUUCGUAUCUUCCGGCCGAAUCUUGGUUUCCCACGCCGCGUGGAGGAGCCUACGAAGAGUGGGCGGAGGAUUACCGCAAAGCUCAGUUGCUGGUAGAGAGGAUGACUCUGGUGGAGAAGGUCAAUAUCACGACGGGGACGGGCUGGAUGAUGGGUCUCUGCGUGGGAAAUACGGGUGCGGCGAACAAUGUCAGAUUUCCCUCGCUCUGUCUACAGGACGGCCCUAUGGGUAUUCGGCUCGCCGAUCACGUCUCCGCAUUUCCGGCGGGGUUGACCACGGGAGCUACGUGGAAUCGUGACUUGAUGCAUAAGAGGGGCGUUGCUUUGGGUCAGGAGGCGCGAGGCAAGGGUAUCAAUGUUUUGCUGGGCCCGUCCAUGGGUCCUUUGGGUAUGAUGCCUGCCGGUGGACGGAACUGGGAGUCGUUCGGCUCGGAUCCCGUGUUGCAGGGUGUGGCUGCCGCGGAGACCAUCCGUGGCAUCCAGAGCAACGGAGUGAUGGCGACGGCCAAACACUACGUUAUGAACGAACAGGAACACUUCCGUCAGCCCCACGAAUGGGGCAUGCCGACCGCCUUGUCAUCCAACAUCGGAGAUCGUGCGCUGCACGAGGUCUUUGUGUGGCCCUUCGCGGAGAGCAUCCGCGCCGACGUGGCUAGUGUCAUGUGUGCUCACCAGAUGGUGAACAACAGCCACUCCUGUGAGAACAGCAAGCUGUUGAACGGCAUUCUCAAGGACGAAUUGGGCUUCCAGGGCUUCGUGCAGUCCGACUGGCUGGCCCAGCGCUCGGGCAUUAACAGCGCCCUUGGUGGUUUGGAUAUGAGCAUGCCCGGCGAUGGACUGCACUGGGAAGAUGGCAAGUCGCUGUGGGGCAGCGAGCUCACUCGCGCAGUGCUAAACACUUCGCUUCCGAUGGAGCGGUUGAACGACAUGGUCACCCGCAUUGUGGCCGCUUGGUAUCAUUUGGGCCAGGACGAAUGGCCACUGCCGCGCCCGGACGGUGACGGAGGCCCCAACUUCUCUUCUUGGACGAACGACGAGGUGGGCUGGCUCACGCAGGGCAACGCGCGGGAUUACGAUCACGUGAAUCGCUACGUGGAUGUCCAGGGCCAGGGUGACGACGCGCACAUGAUUCUCAUUCGCAAGAUCGGCGCCGAGGGAACGGUCUUGGUGAAAAAUAAAGACAACACCUUGCCGCUGUCGCGCAACCCCGUCGACGGGUAUAAGGUGGGAAUUUACGGUGACGACGCCGGGCCCGCCAUGGGACCCAACGUGUGUCCAGACCGGCGCUGCAGCUCGGGGACCCUGGCCACGGGUUGGGGCAGCGGCACCGUGGACUUUCCCUACCUGGUGGCUCCCCAGCAGGCUAUCGAGGACGCUUGGGACCACCACGUGGAGACGACCUCGUACCUGCGCAACGCCGUGAUGCCAGCUGAUGCGGCCGACAAGGAUCUGUGUCUGGUGUUUGCUAACGCCAAUUCCGGCGAGGGUUCCAAGUCUGUCGGCGGGAUCCACGGCGACCGGCCGAAUCUGUUCCUGCAACGGGGCGGCGACACCCUUAUCCAGACGGUCGCGAACAACUGCGGGAAUGGCAACGGCCGCACGGUCGUCGUCGUGCACGCCGUAGGCCCGGUAGUGGUGGAGCCCUGGAUUGAUCUGCCGGGCGUGCACGCGGUGCUCUUUGCCCACCUGCCCGGGCAGGAGAGUGGCAGUGCGCUGAUCGAUGUGAUGUUCGGCGAUCUGGACGCCAGCGGCCGACUUCCCUACACGGUCGGCAAGAGCUUGGAGGAUUACGGCCCCGGCGCGCAGGUGCUGUACGAGACGAAUGGCGUCGUGCCGCAGGUGAACUUUUCGGACUCACUCUACAUCGACCAUCGGCAUUUCGACCGUUACAAUAUCACGCCGCGAUUCGAAUUCGGUUUCGGUCUGUCGUACACGAGCUUCGAGAUGUCUGACCUGAACAUCAAGGUUCUGCGGUCUAAGUCGUCUUUGCCAUCGGCCUCCUCCGUCGCCCUACUGCCCCCGCCCGAAUACAACACGACCAUCCCGUCUAACGAGAGCUUCUACUUCCCUGACAACGUUGUGCAGCUUCCACGAUUCAUCUAUCCCUAUCUCCGCGACCUGGACGGCACCCUUCCCAAGAACUACACGCACUACCCAGAGGGUUACGGCCUCCCUUACCCUCCGUCUCCGGCCAGUGGGGGUCUCGGCGGCAAUCCGUCCCUCUACGACGAAAUCGCCCAGGUCCAAGUCCAGGUGAAAAAUACAGGAUCGCGUCCCGGCCAAACCGUCAUCCAAGUCUACGUCGGCUAUCCGGAUGACGUCACUGAAGAGGGCGACCUUGUCCCUGUUGAGGAGGAGCCCUCUUCUCAGGAUCCUAAUCAAGAACCCGCCCAACAACGUGACGAAAUCAAAAUGGAACGCCAACACGAACGAAUUGAUUUCCCCGACCGCGUCCUCCGCAACUUCACCAAGAUCGAGCUCCAGCCCGGCGAAGUCCGUCCUAUCGAGUUAACCCUCACCCGCAAGGAUCUGAGCUACUGGAGCGCAAGACAUCAGAAUUGGGUCAUGCCUGAGGGAGAACAUGAGGUGUUUGUUGGAUUCAGUUCGAGGGAUUUCCCGGUGGGUGGAAGAUUUUAA